GGUUGCAGCUGAGCCACUCGAUUUAAGAAUGCAUCGGGAUUUUGCUUGGCGCCUCUUUUUUUAUCAGAUUGCGUUCCUGGCAUUCUUGCCUCAAAAAGAAGGCGCCUGGCACACAAGGUCUGGCAGUGGUCUCCUCUUCCUGUUUUCCUUCUCCUUUCCCCCAUUCGGAUGGUCGUCCAGCCAUUCACGUCGAGCAGGACCGUGCUGGUGCUCGGCGCCGCCUACGCAGGCUACAAUGCUGCACAGACGCUCGCUGCAUCGCUGCCCCCGACCUGGCGCGUCGUCGUCGUUGAGCGCAACAGCCACUUUCACCACCUUUACGCCUUUCCGCGCGUCUUUGUCCUGCCCGGCCACGAGCGCAAGGUGUUUAUCCCCAUCAUGAAAGUCUUUGCCCCCAUCGAGGCUCGACCCCAUCUGCGGCCCAUCUCCGAUGCCAACGAAGUGCUGCACGCCAAACUCGUCGCGCUCGAGCCUAGCGAUACUCUCGGCCGAGGCGUGGCCCACGUCGAGUCGAUGGCCAGCGGUGAUCGAGGCAAGAAGAGCAGCGUACACUUUGACUACCUCGUCUACACCCUUGGCAGCCUUCUGCCCGCGCCCAUCGACGUAUGGGCCGAUGGGGACGGUGGCAGCGAGGCAGAGGCCAAGCAAGGGUUCAAGGAGGGAGGUGUGGCGUGGAUGAGGCGAGCCCAGGCGAGGAUCCGCGAAGCACGGAGCGUGUGUGUCGUCGGGGGAGGGCCACUGGGCGUGCAGCUUGCCAGCGACAUUGCCUACAUCUAUGGCACGCCCAACACCGAGCCUCGGCGGCCCGACGUGGCUGGCGACGCGCCGCGCAAGGCCGUCACGCUCCUCGCUUCGCGGAGGCUGCUGCCCAGGUUCGAGCCAUGGAUGCACACCGAGAGUAAACGCAAGCUCGAGGAGCUCGGCGUGCACAUUAUUGCCGAUGACCGUGCAGUCAUAGAUGGCGGCAUGAAAGAGGAGACCCACCCGUUUCAGGAGCGGACAAUCAAGACGGCCAAGGGACGUACCGUGGCCGCACAGCUGCUGCUCGUGUGCACAGGCCAGGUGCCCAACACUUCGUUCCUCUCCGGUCUCUGCGGCAAGGACAGAGCAGCAGCCAUUGAUGCCAAGACGAGGAUGGCGUGUGUGAACCGACACCUGCAACUCGCUGUGCCUUCUGCCCACCCGGAUGGGGAGCCCGAGACGGACGCGAGCCUGCAGCACAUCUUUGUUGCAGGCGAUGCUGCCGAUGCCUUUGGCGCCCUCAAUGCUGGCCACACGGCCCAUGGCCAGGCUCUCCUCGCCGGCCGCAACAUUGCCCGGCUCGUGGCGCGAGAGUGUGACUCUCUCGGUGCAGCAGAGGAAGAGGAGGGAGAGCAGGGCCAAUGGGCGCGCUGGCGAGAGACACGCAAGGAGCUGGGCGAGGCGCUGGAGCGAUACGAGGCACCGCCACACGCCAUCAAGGUCACUCUCGGCCUCGAGGAUGGGAUCGUAGAAGACGGCGGUACGCACAAGUCGCUCGACGACGGCAAGGAUGACCUCUCCACGCUGACCCUGUGGGACUACUUUGGCAUCAGCACCGAUGAUUUGGCGCUAUGAUGUAUUUCGAUCCAUUUGCUGGCAGGGAGCCUUGCAAUCUAUGUGACAGUGUUACCAAGAGCCCGAAAGAGAGCAGA